AUGGCUAGUCAAUAUCCAUCGACAUUUAUUCAACAAUAUCCCACCAAAAUAGCUUUUCUUAUCGAUUGCGCUGGUGGUUUAAAUGGGUUUUCAUUAUCGUCAAGAUUUAUGGACAAUUUCCCACCGAAUAGUGACAUUUUUUUAUUCUAUCCAAACAGCGAACCGGGAAUGAAUCGUCGUUUAAAACGUAUUGAAUCCGAUAGUCAUGGGGUCUUCUUUUUUCCCACGUUGGACUAUGGCAUUGAAUGCACUAUCUCGUUUCUUCUCGGCCAAAUCAAUGAUAAAUACGAUGCUUUUACCCUUGUCACUAGUUAUCAUCCAGCGUUUGAGAAUAUUUGCCAUCAAUUGAUUGCCAACCGUAGUCAACUGAAAAAUCAUAUCCAGGUUCGUUCGUUCGAAAACAUCAAUCAAUUCGAACAGUUCUUAAAAGAAUUGAUACGUUUACAAAAUGACACGGAAACGAGCAAAACGAAUAAGAAAACCGUGGUGAAUUAUUCCAAGAAACAUCUUUUUCAUUCGUGCCCAUUCGAAAGCAAACAAGACUCGACAAUUUUAUAUCGCCUUGGCGAUUUUCUUCAUCAUUUGGAUACCGAACAUGCCAAUGUUCAUUAUGAUUAUUGCACUGAUUGUGAACAACUAGAAAACGAUCCACAGAGUUUGGAAGGACAUAUUCAAGAGAAACAUUGGAAAGCUAAUGGAUUUCAUGUCAAUAUUCGAUCAUCGUGA